AUGCCAAGCAAUUCUUUCGAAGUGGUAAAUCCAUCAUCGUUCAAAAUGCAAAUUGUGAAUUUAAUAGCUGCUGUGCAAACUGUUAUGCGAGGUCGGUGA